UAGAAGCAGCAGUAGCAGCAGUAGAAACGGGAGUGCGAGCGCCACGCGUGUCUGAGCAGCAGCAUUGGCGCAUGCGCCCACACACGCAGAUGCCAUAUUGGAACAGAGGAGGAGGGGUGGCGCUCGUCCGGCUACCGCCACCGCCGCUGCUGCUGCCGGGGGGACCCCGUGGCGGUAGAGGUUCAAUUGGGUGUCGGCUGGAAGACGCUUCCCUCGCCUGCUCCGAAGGCCUGCGCCCGGGCAGAAGUGAUGCCUUCUGCCUAGGGAGCCGAGAAGCGCGUGCGAUGGAGAGCGAGGCGGACACAGCAGCAAGAGAAGCGUCGCACGGCCAUCCUGAGGCUCAGACUGCUGCGUGGGCCCCGGCCCAUGCCAGCGAGUCAGGCGUGUGCUGCAGUGAGGAGGGCGAGGAGGAGGAGGCUUGGUUCGGCUGGGAGGAGUACCUCGACGAGAUAGGAGCCGUCGCUGCGCCACACACAAGCUUCUUGCACGUGGAGCGGAGCCUACAGAGCAGUCUCAGCGCCGGCAUGCUUCUGGAGGUGGCGAACGGUGGCGCGCCGCCCGCCACGUUCUGGCCAGCGGAGGUGGUGAUGACUUGCGGCCCGCUGCUGCUGCUGCGCCCCAUCGGGCACGGGGGCGACCGCAGCGCCGACUUCUGGCGCGACAUCCUGACGGCCGAGCUGCACCCCGUGGGGUGGUGCGCCCGGCACCAGCGCAGCCUGGUGCCGCCGUGCGCGAUCAGAGAGAAGCACCCUCGCUGGGAGGCGCUGCUCGCCGAGGGCCUCGUGGACGCCCGCACCGCUCCGCCCAGCCUCCUGGAAGGGCCCAACCGCGGGCGUCCGCCGGUGGAGCUGAUCGUGCCGGGCGAGCGGCUGGAGGUGCGGGAGGCCACGGGGCGCGAGUUGCGGGCGUGGCCGGCGGCCGUGGUGCGCAACGUGGGCGGCCGCCUUCGGCUGCGGCCAUGCGGGCUGGGCCCCGAGGAGGCGGCGCUCGACGCGUGGCUCUUCUACCUCCACCCGCGCCUCCACCCGCUGGGCUGGGCCCGCGGGAACCGCUGCGCCGUGGAGCCCCCGGCCGCCGUCGCUUCUCUCCGCACGGCGGAGCAGUGGGAGGCGGCGCGUCAGGAGGCUUACGGCCCGGACGCGCGGGAAGCAGUACCCCCGGAGAUCUUCAAGGAGGUGGCGGAGUCACGAAGCCAUCGCUUCAGCCAGGGCAUGAAGCUGGAGGCCGUGCACCCAACGCUGCCCUUCAGCAUCGCCCCGGCCACAGUCACCAAGGUGCUAAGCGAGUGGUUUUUCGUGGUGGAGAUGGACGCGGCGGGUGGGGAGGUGGCGCCACUUGCCCCCCUCGUGUGUUCCCUCGACGGCCCCACCGCUCUGCCGGCGCAGUGGAGCCUCAAGAACGGGGUGCCCUGCACACCGCCCCCCGGCUACGAGGGACAGGAUUUCGACUGGGCCGAGUACUUGAAGAGCUCGGGAGCGGAGGCGGCGCCUGGCUCCUGUUUCCCGAUGGACGAGCCGCAGCACGGGUUCAUCCAGGGGAUGCGCUUGGAGGUGGUGAACCCGCUGCUUCCCAGCGAGCUGUGCGUGGCCACCGUCACGCACCUCCGCCACCACCUCAUGUGGCUGCGUCUGGAAGGCCUGCAGCAGCCGCAGCCCGACUGCAUAGUGGACGUGCGCUCCAUGGACAUCUUCCCCGUCGGGUGGAGCGAGUCCAACGGUUACCCGCUGCGGGCGCCCCGUCGCUCCCCACCUGUCGGCGGCGCCCGGAGGAAGAUCGCCGUUGUGCAGCCGAAGCAACAAGUGCCGGUGCCAUUUGCCGCGGGGGAGACGCGGGCGCGGAGGGAGCUGUCGCUGCAGCCAAGCGACACGGGACCCGGCAGUGGCAAGUACUGCUGCCCCAAGAUCUUCAUAAACCACCGCUGCUUCUCGGGGCCGUUCCUCAACAAGGGCCGCAUCGCCGAGCUCCCCCAGUCGGUGGGGCCGGGCAGCUGCGUCCUCGUCCUGCGGGAGGUCCUGUCGCUGCUCAUCAACUCCGCGUACAAGCCCAGCCGCGUCCUCCACGAGCUACAGCUAAAGGGGCAGCCGCAGUGGGGAGGUCAAGAGGAGACGAUUAAAGCCAAGUACAGCGGGAAGCGUUACCGCGCCAAGGUGGAGCUGGUGCGCAUGGCGGAGCAGGUGGCAGACUUCUGUCGCAGCACCUGCGUCCGCCUGCAGUGCUGCCCCCUGCUGUUCGGCCCGGCCUCCACCACCAGCAGCUGCCCCGAGAGCUGUCACACCCGCACCAAGACCAAGUACACGUACCACCACGGCAGGAGGCGGUGUCGGCGCGUCGUGCCGAGGUUGGCGAGCGACGGCAACGACCGGGGCCCGAAGCUGGCGCCACGGAACGGCCUCAAGAGGACGGGCACCGCCUCCAGCGUGGACAGCUCCUGCGCCGGCUCCCCGCAGAACGGGACGCACGGGCUGGAGGGCGAGGAGUGCGACGAGGUGGAUGAAGAGGAGGAGGAUGAGGAGGAGUCCGGCAGCAGCAGCAGCGCCGCGUCGUCGUCGUGGGCGGGCGAGGAGCCGGCGUCCGCGGUCGCCACGGCCGCGGCGACCGCCGGCGUCCUCUCCUCCUCCUCCCCCUCGCUGGCGGCGGCGCGAGGAGCCGGAGCGACGCGCAAGCCGCCCCGGAGCGGCGCGGCGUCGCGGCCAGCGCCGCAGCUGCCGACGCUGCUGGUGCUGGAGCGGGCCAAGCGCAAGCGCAAGAUUCGCUCGUUCUCUUCGGAUGACGAGCAGAGUAAACCGCGGCGCAGCGGCGGCGCAAAGCGGCCCAAGCAGGAGAAGCCGGAACCGGCGGCCGAGUCAACGCGGCAGCCGGUGACGCCGCAGCAGCAGCAGCAGCAGCCGUCGUCGGCGACGGCGCCGACGCCGGCGCAGCAGGAGUUUGCGCUGGAGAGCAACCCGCUGGGGUGGAGCGUGGCGGACGUGGUGCGGUACAUCAAGAACACCGACUGCUCCCCCAUGGCACGGCUCUUCCUGGAACAGGAGAUCGACGGGCAGGCACUGCUGCUGCUCACGCUGGCAACGGUGCAGGAGUGCAUGGACAUCAAGUUGGGCCCCGCCGUCAAGUUGUGCCACCACGUUGAGCGGCUCAAGGCCGCCUUCUACCGCCAGUUCGCACGCUGACGAGCUUGCUGACGAGGCGGGAGACGAGACGGCUGGCGAGGCGGAUGACGAGGCGGGUGACGAGUCGGCUGACGAGGUGGCUGGCGAGGUGGCUCAGGGGGCUUGGUUUACAAUGGCCGUGUCGGGAGGUACCCAGCCGCCGAGCCGGCAUGAAGGGAUGCGUGGGUUUGGCAAUCGCCGUCGUUUCCUCCGCUGCGGACGCUCGCACGACAGGGUCACGCGUGUGUGAUCCAUGUUCGUUUUUGGGUUCGGCCCCACGUAGUUUGUUUUAGUUAAAUUCCAAAAUUCUCGUCGUUGGCCCUCCACCACCCGACGUGGUUGCCACGUUUACGCAGAUGUUCAGUUGCACGCGUUGCUAGUGUACCAAUCAUAUUCUGACCGAUGGGGAUCGUUAGGUGGCUCUCGAGGCCUUUUCUGGACAGCAUUCAACACGAACGACGUACGACGACGCUCGGCUAAACAACAACAACAACGCCUGUGUGAACGUGCCGCUCUCGUUGGGCGGUGGAGGCUCAUGUCGAUAAUCUUGGCAUGAAGGCAAACCGCCGUGCGGUUCGACCCAAAAAACAAACGCCGGACGCGUUGUGCUGACCACCAGGGCCUCUAGCGCGUUAACUCUCGCCGGGUUGAUUCUCUCAUCGGUAUCGCGGGUCUUGCCAUGCGGGACGGUUGAUCUGAACCCGCCACUCGGACGUGGUCCUGGUGAGCUCCGCGUCUGGGGGAUUCGCCCGAACCGGUGGCGUCGCGAGUCGCCGACCAGCAACCCGCUCCACUCUUCACGAUUUCGUCAGCUGGGGGUGCUCCGCGUCCUUGCGGUACGUCUCAAACCCACGUGACCGUGACGUGCGGUACGGAUCCAGAUGGAGCAGCAGCACACUCGCGGCGUAGCGUGCGCGGCAGCUCUCGGUCUCGAUGCAGAGCCACCGGUUCGGAAGAACCACAUCGUGGUCACCGUUGUCUCUCCGGCUGCCAACUCGAUACACGUGGACAACUCGAUACACGUGGACAACUCGAUACACGUGGACAACUCGAUACACGUGGACAACUCGAUACACGUGGACAACUCGAUACACGUGGACAACCGACGCAGGGCACAGAGUGAAGCGAAGACGACCGUAGAGCGGUUUCGUCCUCCUUGUUCAGACUCGUCAGCACAGCAUGGCCAGCAGCAAUGUUCGCUGCUGCCACUUGCCCUGGGAACACUAGCAUGGAGAGAACUUGUACCCCUACACUCGCCCCGUUAGCUCUCUCUCCCCGUUAGCUCUCUCCCCGUUAGCUCUCUCCCAUUAGCACUCUCUCCAUUAGCUCUCUCUCCCGUUAGCACUCUCCCCGUUAGCUCUCUCCCCGUUAGC